CGUCAACCGGAAGUAGCCGGGCCCUUGACGAAGGGACCAGGCAGAGCGGAAGUCACUCCGUGAGGCAGUGGCGACAGCGGCGGCGAGAGGAUGAACAACAAGUUCGACGCCUUAAAAGAUGAUGACAGUGGAGACCAUGAUCAGAAUGAAGAAAACAGCACACAGAAAGAUGGUGAGAAGGAAAAAACAGAACGAGAUAAGAACCAGAGCAGCGGCAAGAGGAAGGCUGUUGUCCCUGGACCAGCAGAACAUCCCCUGCAAUACAACUACACCUUCUGGUACUCUAGGAGAACCCCCGGCCGUCCCACCAGCUCACAGAGCUAUGAGCAGAACAUUAAGCAGAUUGGUACCUUUGCCUCGGUAGAGCAGUUCUGGAAGUUUUACAGCCACAUGGUACGUCCUGGGGACCUGACAGGCCACAGUGACUUUCAUCUCUUCAAAGAAGGAAUUAAACCUAUGUGGGAGGAUGAUGCAAAUAAAAAUGGUGGCAAGUGGAUUAUUCGACUUCGGAAGGGCUUAGCAUCUCGCUGCUGGGAAAAUCUAAUCCUGGCCAUGUUGGGGGAGCAAUUCAUGGUUGGGGAGGAGAUCUGCGGGGCUGUGGUCUCUGUCCGCUUUCAGGAGGACAUUAUUUCUAUAUGGAAUAAGACCGCCAGUGACCAAGCAACCACAGCCCGAAUCCGGGAUACUCUUCGGCGCGUGCUUAACCUACCUCCCAACACCAUUAUGGAAUACAAAACUCACACCGACAGCAUCAAGGCCUGGGAGGAGUUUCAUGGCCUGGUGAACAGCAGCGGCCGCUGAUCGGACGCUCCCCCUCUGUCUCUCACACUCAGGGGACAAUUCAAGCUUUCGAAAUACAAAAAUCACAUUGUGAAAGUGCACACGCUGGCAAUAAUCCUUUUCUGUUUGUGUGUUUGUCUGAAAUGGAUGCGAGGCUCAGGCAGUCCUUCUGUCUGCUCACUGAAGGGCUCUACCUGAGUCUUGUCUCCCCUUCUGCACUCAUUCCUGGAAGACGGACUCUGCUAGACACCUUCCAGCAUUGCUGACUUUAUAAAACAGGAAACAAUGGGGAAAAUCUGACUUUGUAAUAGACAAACACUUUUUUAAUGGGGUUCUGUGCAGGAGUGCAGCUAUUUUCUUGCUGUGUGCUAUCCAGAUGCCUCUUGGCAUCCUGCUGUACAAAGGACUUGAUUACCGACCACAUGUAUGUGCCCUGUGCUGAGUCCAAGCUGAGCGUUAUCAGUAUUAUGAAUGCUUGCACAUCCAGGAACCGAAUGCCUCUUCCAGCUCUGCUGUUAAGUUGUUGUGUGUUCCUCUCCCCCAAGCCCACCACUCUGAACGUGUGUUAGGGUGUGACAACAGCUUAGGGUUCUGUGUUCUUUGCGCCUUACACCUCCAGUUCCCUUCAGUGGGACUCUCCUUCUUAGGCACUGCAGCACUUAAACCAUGAUCCUGGGCAGCUCUGGUUUUGCUGGUAUCUGCCCUGCAAGAGAAGCUGGAGAAGAAUGCAGUUCAGUCAGAAGCUAGAUUAAAGUGUAGAUCCCCGUGUGGGGUUGGAGCUGAGGGCAGUGACUAAUCCCAGCCUCCCGUACGAGCGGGACUUGUGUACUGAGCGUGGUCUGUAGGGCUUGCAUGUCCCUCGUGGAGGAGAAAGUGACAGCUGGUUGGUGCCACAUUACACUCUGUGUAGAUCCGACAGUGCUGACAUGGACAUCUGAAGAAAUGGCAGCCUUGCUGGAUGGUUUCAUUUGAUGGCUGUGGUUGGAAAAGACUUUUGGUCCUCGAUGCCUGGAUGUAAACAAACUGUCCAGAUCCCCAAUGCCCAGAAGGCUCCUGCAGGCAUGUCCUCAUCAGAGAAGCUGGGUGAGCUGACUCUGGGAGCCUAAGGCCAGAGAGUUCAAAAGAGCACCCAAGAUCAAGUAAGAAGUGGGCAGCUACAGCAGCUUCAAGUAACUCUGAGUACUGGGCUCUUGGGAGCCAAGAUGGCAGUGCCUUAAAUUAAGGCCUCUCUCUAAAGCAGCACUGAGCCUCCCGGUCCUCAGCCAUGGUCCCAGGAGUUCUGACCAUAGCAGCAGCUGCUUAUAUCCAUCAGACUCUUCCAGCUUUCCAGCUCCUGAGCCCCCCCCAAGUCACUGCUGUCUGGGGAUGCCUUUUCCAAAGUGCAGGGCCCGAGAGGGGAGGUCUUUCUGCUAUGGGUGAAGCCAUCUAAGAAGGACGUCCAGCCACGAGUGAGACUCCAGGAGCCUGAAGAAUGCCUUCUGGGGUGACUGUGAAGGGCUCAGGCAAAGGCUGCCUCUGGAAGCUUGGCUAAGGCAGAGGGCCUUCACAUUUGCCUGUGCUCAGGUCACCUCAAAAAUUCCAAAGAGCAGACAUUUGGACUUGCCUUCCUUUGGGCAUCUCUGGUUCGUGUGUGUGUGUGUGUGUGUGUGUGUGUGUGUGUGUGUGUGUGUGUGUUCAUGCAUACAUGUGCAGUUCGUUUAUGAAUGAGGCCUAGUGGUUAGAUGUUUUGUUUUACCUUUUUAAAAUCUCAUUUGUUCAAACAUUUGAAUCUCCUAUGUUUUCUAGAGCUGCUCGUCUUUUCCCAUCCUCUUGGUCAUUAUAGUAUUUGACAGUUGGGCUUUUCCCCUCCCAUCCAAAGUAUGCUGCCCUGCUCCCAUUAGAGAGAGGGUUCUCACUGUCAGGUACCAUCUCCAGCCCAGUGUUCUUCAGGUGCUCUGCCUAACUGCUAAAAGGGGAAAUCGGAUGACCAGUCUAGCCACACCACCCAUUCUUUGCAGAGGAGCUGAAGAAGUCUCCAUGGGCCUCUGAGGCUGAGAUACCACAUAAGGUUAUGGUUACAGUAUCAUCGGUUCUCAAAACAGGUGGAGGUCUCCGGAGCCAGUGUGACCAGCAUGAUUGCUGCUAGGGAAGGGAAAGUCAUGUUCAGGCUGUUCUCCCUUCUGCCUUCAUGGCCCUGCUCCUCUUAGAGCCUUUCUGUUUGUCCUUUGUCUGUGUGUGUGUGUGUUUUUUUUCCCUGUGACACUGGCAGUGGCAGUACUCGUCCAUCAGAGGAGUUUGUCAGUGCGCCAAGAUGAAUUUCCAGGUGUUUGCUGGAGGGGAAGGAGCAGGGGCUGUGACAGACUGGCGGAGUGUUGCACUUUGAGAGGAUUGUCUACUGCGGGAAUAAACGGAACGUA